GACGCGCGCACGGCGGCUGCGGCGUAGUACUUCGAGUAGUCGGUAGAACUUCCGGUCGUGGUUUUGCAUCUCUUUUUCGGAACAUCGUCUGCCGUUGUAAUCAUUACACCGUGGUGACAGUACGGCGAAGCCAAGUGGUGUCAGAAGUGUCGAGUGUCGAUCGGUAUUCCGAGAAAUUCUCGUGCAACGCUUCUACUUGUGUGACGAGGCGCCGAUUUUCACGGACGGUCGGGGAACGCGUAGCCAUCGAACGCUUUACUUUCGUGUAUUGAACAGCUAUGCGCUCGGCGAGAGAGGGAGACAGGAAAAGAGAGAGCGAGCGAGAGAGAGGAAGAGUGUGCCGCGAUUGAAACCCGACCGUAGCGAGAGAUCCCGUCCGCUAAUCCUUCGCGACGUUUCCGAAUCACGUAUGCAUACGCGGAAUAUCGGUGAUGGCUCGACGAAAUGUUUCGCCCGCGAACGGCCCGACGUGGUCGCAACGAUUUUUCCUCGGCUCGGGUUGACGGGUCCGGUUCGUGCUCGCUCCGGGUAAGCCCGGGCGGCUGGAAGAAUAAAGAGCGGACGGCCGCGUGUUUCGAACGUGUGCUCUCUUGCCUCCUGUUUUUUUCUUUUUUUUUUGUUUCGCCAUCUCCGGUUCGAAUCGUCGCCAGCGUGUUAAUUAAACAAACAAACUGUGUACCGGCGGUAUAAAUCGGGCACGCGGCUAGAAAAUCUGGAAAGGACGUGUGAGUCGAUGGGAAAAAGGAGACGGCGGAGGAGAAAGAGGCAGGAAUUUCGGGAUCAACACGACAGGAUGGAGAAUAACGACGAAGCGCGGACCGUCGUCGGUGAACGCGCGUCCACGUCCAAGGAGGAACCGUCUGCCGACGAGUCGGCCGGCCACGAUUACGGCUGCAAGCACUACAAGCGAAAGUCCAAGUUCGUGACACCCUGUUGCAAUAAGGUAUAUACAUGUCGAUUCUGUCACGACGAACGGGAGACACACACCGUAAACAGAAAGGAAGUCACGGAGUUGAUAUGCGUCCUAUGCGAUACCCGUCAGCCGGUACAAGCCACUUGCCAGAACUGUCACUGCCGGUUCGGCAAAUACACGUGUCUCGUAUGCAAUCUCUUCGACGACGAAGACAGGAACCAAUACCACUGCGAUGGCUGCGGGAUAUGCCGGGUCGGCGGUCGCGCCCGAUUUUUCCACUGUGCCAAGUGCAACAUGUGUUUGCCGGUUCAAUUGCAAAAUGGACACACGUGCGUGGAAAAUGUUUCGCAUGCAAAUUGUCCUGUCUGCUUGGAGGACAUUCACACAAGUCGCAUACCUUGUCACAUUCCAGAAUGUGGUCAUUUAUUGCACCGCCCUUGUUUCGAGGAGUUAUUACAUUCAGGACAUUACGCAUGCCCCAUUUGCCAAGUGUCUCUUCUAGAUAUGACUGACCUAUGGAGAUUUUUAGACAUGGAAGUGUCAUUAACACCGAUGCCAGAAGAAUAUAAAGAUUACAAAGUUGAUAUUCUCUGUAAAGACUGCCACGAGGAGUCGACAGUAAAAUUUCACGUUGUAGGUUUGAAAUGUUUAAAUUGCGGAAGCUACAAUACCUGCAGAGUGAAAGGAUCCCCCUCUCCGGCAGAUCCUGAAACGUUGGACGAGGCAGCUGGUGGCAGUACGAACACUGGCGACGAGGAGAAAUCACAACGUCAGAACUCCGAGUAUUAAAUGGGACUAUGAUACAAAAUCAUUCCCGAGUAGGUGUCGCUUCCGGACAAUUUCAAAAAGACAGUAGGAGAAUGCGUUUACCUCUUUACUUGUUUUUAGCGAAUUUACACGUCUUUGUUGAUUGUUUUCAGAAUUUUUACAGAAGUUAGAUUGUUAGGAGGCUGAGAUGCAGUAGCCAAUUCAAAUCGGUUGCUCAUUACAGGUCGUGUGUUGAAUACGAUUAAAUAUUCGCGAUACGACGUCAGGCGUAGCGCGAAUAUAUUAAUCCUGAUGGAGACGAAUAUGAAUUUUGCUUGCUCGAAUCCUAUAAAUCAAAGUGAACAUUUAUACGAUAUGUUCGCGGUAUUUCUUCAUUAUCGGUGACUCGGCACAUGGUCUCUCCCCGUGCUCCAAAAUUCUUCUCGCGCUGUUCAUAAUUUUCAUUUUUGUUCCGAACAAGAGAUUCUUACACUUCGUGAUGCGUGACCAUUUUCUUUCGAUGCAAUCUUUUCGCAAAUGCUAAUCAACCAUCCAACGUGUACCGGUAGUACUAGUCAGAACAAAAGAAAAAAAAGAAAGAAACGAGCUCGAAACGAAUCCCCUUUUAGCUAUUGUUGUAAUCAGCUAAGAGUUCCUCUAUGAUUAUUCACUACGCAUAUAGUUCCCCGAUUUUAUAUUACGCAGCUACACGUAGAAGUAGAAUGACAAUGAGAUUAUUAAUUGAUAAGAAUGCCUUUUAUUCGUUAAUGGGAUUACAUCAUAACGCGCAAUUUUCGAAAAGAUCGCCAUCUAGUCAAGGAUCACUCGUGGUCUUCUCGAUGUGUCAGCAUACUUUCUCUCCGUAACAAAAUGCGCGGGAGAAUCAACGACAGUUGGGUGACGUAACAAACCUGAUACCUGACGUGUGACGAUUCUUUGAAAAUUUAUCAGUAAUUCGCAAUCUAUGUGAUUUCUUUAAUGACGUGUGUAUAAUCAGGGUUCGCAUAAACACAUUGUCCCCCCGCAUAAGCAAAAAUCAUUUCACGAUGUAAACACGCGGAUAAGAUUAAAUUAAAUCGGUCUACAGAAUUUCUGGACCUGUAUAAAUGUCUGCAGUCUAGUGAUAAAGAGUCAAAAUUUGCAUUCACAGUUUUGAACGAGUAUCACGAGCCUACAACAGCGUGACAAUGUGUUUCUGUCCUAACGUAUUUGUAUUUUUAUUCGUCAUGUACUCGCUUUGUGCUCGAACACUCCUCCUCAUUUUCUCAAUCUCGCUUUUUUUGGGCAAAAUACCUUUUCUUUUUCUAAUUAAGUAGAGAUUCUACUUACUCCAAGCAGCUGUGACCGUAUCUCUUGUAACAAAACGGUUAGUUUCUCGAUAAGAAGACAAUUAAUCGCACACUUUUAACGCGUUCUGUCGCGUUGCAAACGAAAUUUUGAAUUCUUUAUUAGGAUGCUAACUUUAUAAAACUUGCGCAAACUUACCUAUCGAGAUUGAUGAAAUCUGUACCGGAAUAUCUCUUGACGAUUCACUGUAAACAAUUGAAUUCUCAAGACGUUCAGUUCACGAGUCGAGCUUUAAGAAACCCACUUUCAAAUCUUUUAUAACACAGAUACGAGUUAUUUUUUUAAUACGCGCAUUUGCAAGAGAUACUCUGAAAUCAAAAUCUAUAGGGGUUCGUGCCAAGUUCCCUUGUUAGUUACAUAAGGCAAUUUAGCUUGUUUUGUACAAUAAACAUUAGCGGAGAUAGCUCAAUUUUGGAUUGUUAACUUUUGAAUAAAAUGAAAAAAUUAGGCGUGCGUUACACGGAUCUACAGCGUAGAAUUUGAUUAGUCUUUAAAGCGAGUCUCGAGUAUCGUACACAUUCCUCUGACUAAACAAAUGGUUACAUAGCGAAGAAAUCGAGGAUAUAGUAUUCUACUGUUUCGAUGUUUAAGAUAGAACGAUCGAGAAAUGAGGUCGGACCGUGAAGAAUGUAGUAUAUUAAUUGGUAACGAAGGUCAGACCAUUGAAAGGCUGCAGUGUAAUCAGUGGCACUGUACUAAAUAUUUUAUCAAGCACUAUUGUGGAGAAUCCUGAUUUCUACGUGGCAUUAGCGCGUGCAUACGAACACGCGUACAAGAAACAGAACCUUUAGGGCUUACGUCUCGACGCUCAUUGGAUCGCUCAUGUUGUAUAUCGAUAAUAAUUCGUGUCCAGUUUGUACCGUUUGAUGAUUCUGUGUGUACGAUUGAACCCUGUAAUUCGACUCCCAAGAGAUGAGUUGAACAGCGGUGUUGCAAGCUCAAAAACGGUUCGAGUUGGUCAGAAGACCGCUUUGCUCGUUGGGAUUUUCCACUUGUUCGUCGAGAAAUGUCAAGUUGGUGAUCACAGCACUUAUAUACCUCUUAUUCAUUCCAUGGCAUUCCAAGUUUCGUGAACGAGCAGCACGCUGACGUACGCCGAAAAUCGAAUCGUCGUUACUUACUUAUACGACAGACUUGGACAUAUUAUUUAAAUCAAUUGAUCACACCGGGUGAUUGCUCAAAUAACGAAUCAUGUUAAUCGAACCGAAACAAUGUUUACGUAAUUCCACGCUAAUUUAUUCGAUACGACGAGCAAUCAUUGUUACGUCUCUGAAUUACUAUUUUUUAUUUGACUUUUGAACCUUGUGCACCAUCCAGGUUUAACGCUAAACCUACCAAGCAGUAAUAAUACUAACUGGCAUGUACUGCUUCACAAAAGUGACAAAUUUUAUUAUAAAACUUGCUCUAAUAAUAUAACUUACCUCAACCGUUUUCAACUCGAAACUGUCUCGAAACUUUGCAGAAUUGCAAAAUAAGAAAGCGGUCACCUUUUGACCGCGGUAGAUUUAGUGUUAAUAGGACUGAACCUGCGAGAUUAGAUUGGACUACGAACGUUAUCCCAGCUUCUCUAGGUCUACCGAUCUUCUACUUCUUUGAUCUACCGAUCAAAUGUAUUUCACGAAGCUGACACGGUUUUCCUCGAACGUGCACAAGGGUUGAAAGAUUUUUUAAAUAUAUUUUUUAGUCAAACGGAACAUUCGUCACUUUCUGCGAAUAAUUUGUAAUAUCACGAGAGAGAUUUGUAACACUAGAGAAAUUAUAUUGUUGAGAUCAUUUGUAUCGAUAUUAAAAGAAACGUUAAUUUUAA